AAGAAGCCAGCCGGAAAAUAUAUAAAUACAGAGCAAAGGAUGCUUCUUUCCUUUUUGUGAAGUGGGGCCCUUUAUGGAUUAUAAUCUGGUCUAUCAAAUACCGCCCGGUAACAAACAACCAAGGAUCAAAAGGAACCUUAAAUUUUAGAAAGUCAGCAGUAACCAUGGUUGGAUUUAAACCUUCAGAUGUUCCCCCUCCGCUGGGGGUGAAGAUGGCGAGUGCUGGAGCAGCAGCAUGUAUAGCUGACAUUAUCACAUUUCCACUGGACACAGCCAAAGUCAGACUACAGAUCCAGGGAGAGCAGAAAGCAGUGGAAGGCAUCCGUUACAGAGGGGUGUUUGGGACAAUCACCACCAUGAUCCGAACAGAAGGGCCCAAGUCUUUGUACAACGGGCUGGUAGCCGGUCUGCAGAGACAAGUGUGCUUCGCCUCCAUCAGAAUCGGCCUCUAUGACAAUGUCAAAAACUUCUACACAGGUGGAAAAGACAACGCGGGUGUAUUGGUUCGUAUCCUGGCCGGCUGCACCACAGGUGCCAUGGCAGUGUCCUUUGCACAACCCACUGAUGUAGUCAAGGUUCGAUUCCAAGCCCAGAUGAACCUGAACGGUGUGGCUCGUCGCUACAACGGCACCAUGCAGGCCUACAAACACAUCUUCCAAAAUGAGGGCUUACGUGGACUCUGGAAAGGCACGCUGCCCAACAUCACAAGAAAUGCACUGGUCAACUGCACAGAGCUGGUGACAUACGAUCUGAUCAAGGAGGCCAUCCUUAAACAUAACCUGUUGUCAGACAAUCUGCCGUGCCACUUUGUAUCUGCGUUUGGCGCCGGCUUUGUUACCACAGUGAUUGCUUCCCCAGUGGAUGUGGUGAAGACCAGGUACAUGAACUCACCACCAGGCCAGUACAAGAGCGCUAUCAACUGUGCCUGGACCAUGUUGACAAAAGAGGGGCCAACAGCUUUCUACAAGGGAUUUGUACCCUCAUUUCUGAGGUUGGGAUCAUGGAAUGUUGUGAUGUUUGUCUCAUUCGAGCAAAUCAAGAGGGCCAUGAUGGUCACAAAGAAGAGGAUCGAGGCCCCAAACUGAGUUUAGUGUUUCGAAGUUUGACUGAAAAAACAUUGGAUGAAGAAACCUAACGAAUAUCAAUUCUCAUUUUAGCUUUAUUCAACAACCUUCUUGUCCUGUGGUGUCAAAGAAGACGGUCCUUUGCUGGAAACGGAGUAUUGGACUAUCUACUCUAUUGAACUUGUGUAUAAAAAGACAUAAAGUUCUCCUUUUAUAUUUAUAAUUUACCAUAAUGAGCCCAUUCCACAUUGUGGGAGUGAACGAUAUGAAAACAAGCUGGUAAUAACCUCCUUUGGGAAGUUGAGUUUGCACUUUAAGACCUGUACAUCUAAAUCUGCCAGUUCUACAUUUCAGGCAGCUUAAACCUGUACACCUUUAUAUUCAAAAUAAUACUGGUGCUACAAUAAAAUGUAAAACAUGUUUAUGUAAAUCCUAAAUAUAUUUGCCGUGUUUUACAGA